AUGAAUAAUAAUACACUUGUUAACGAUAUGGCUGUAGCAAAAGGCCAAGAGGAAGAUGAAGUCAUUGACGAUGAAAAUGAAGAUGAAGAAAGAGAGCCACGUGAUAUUUUCUGUCAAAUGGGGGUAUUGCGUCAUUACGACGAAGAACUCGUAUGGAAAGAAAUACGGAGGUGGGUAAAGUUCGAGGAGGUCCUGGAAGAGAAGGGAAAGCGAUGGUCAAAGCCGCACGUGUCUUCACUCUAUAUGCAGAGUCUUACAGAACUCCAGCUCCUUCUGGCAUCAAAUCCUAUCUUUCUCGAUCUGGAAGUCGAUAACAUGUUCGAACUUACAGAAACUUUAGUAGCCCAAUGGUUGAAAGAAGGCUACCUAGAACCAAUUUUGACGAACCAUGUACGCGCGCUCCUUUUGAAACGUCACAAACACCACCACGUGCAUUUGAAGCAUAUGACGCGCAACACUCACAGUAAAUUGCAUCUCAUACUGUACGGCGGUGGCAGCGAGGAUGACAGCACUCCAUCCACUCCAGACCUCAGGGGCAUCGACAACGAGGCGAUGAAGUCGAGUAUGCCAGAUCUCACCCAAAUUGAAGAUGCUCUUCCCAAAAAUGAAAAUUCUAUGUCAUGUCCAGACCAUUUGUAUCAACAGGCACAUACACCGAAAGCUAGCCACCAUCACCACGCUCAUCUCCUACACCAUCAUGGUCAUGGACCGCCAAACAGAAAAUUCCUUCGUAAGAUCCCGGUGGGAGCAGAAGUACUUAACAUUCUGGUGGGCGAGGUAGACGCUCUUGAUUCCAGAUUGGCAGCAUUCGUACGGUUAAAGAGCGCGAAAGACCUAGGUCACAUAACGGAAGUGGCGUUACCUACACGAUUCCUUUUCAUCAUGCUGGUGCCCAAACGAUCCUUCGAAUCCUCUUCAGAAAUCGGUCGCUGUAUGGGAACGCUGAUGACAGACCCGUUUUUCCGUGAGACUGCAUAUAUGUGUGAUGACCGAGUAGAAAUAAUGACAGCUGUACAGGAAUUUGCAAGUCAGGUGACUGUGCUGCCACCUGGGUCCUGGGAUCCUAAAACCCGAAUAGAGCCUCCUGACACUCUUCCAACUAAGGAAUCUCGAAAGAAGGAGGUAGUGCCAAUCGACAUGCCUUUUCAACCAGAGGAGGUCCAUCAUGACGACUCGCUUAACCGGACAGGAAGAUUAUUUGGAGGUCUUAUCAACGACAUCAAAAGAAAAGUGAAAUGGUACAAGAGUGAUUUCACUGAUGCCCUUCAUCUCCAGUGUGUUGCCUCUUUCUUCUACCUUUUCCUUGCCACGCUGACACCCAAUGUGACGUUCGGAGGUCUUCUUGGUGAAGCUACACAUCAAUAUAUGGGUACCAUGGAGUGUAUUCUGGCAGCUGCGGUCAGUGGGGUGUUUUUCGCUCUGUUCUCUGGUCAACCGCUCAACAUCUUGGGAAGUACGGGCCCGAUGUUGAUCCUGGAAAUGAUCCUCUAUAAUCUCUGCAGUGAUAAUGGUUGGGACUUUAUGCCAGCACGUGUGUGGGUUGGGUUGUGGACUGCACUCUUCCUCCUCAUCAUGGUGGCCUUUGAUCUCAGUUCAUUAGUUCAGUACAUCACUCGCUUUACGGAGGAUAGCUUUGCCUGUCUCGUCGCCCUCAUCUUUAUAUAUCAGGCUAUCGUAAAGCUCCUUGAAAUACGAAAAGACGAUCCAAUAGAACUUCAUCCAACGCCAAGAUUGGAUAACCAAGGAUGUGUCUGUUUCUAUGGAGAUUUUACACCUAAUUCUACUUCCGGAAGUCUGGGAAAUGAUACACUUGUUGAUGUAUUUUCGACAGUUAAAAAUGCUACCACUGAAUUUUCUGCUGUUUUUGUGAAUUCGAGUUUCUCUCCUCUACAACCACUGACUGAGAAUGUCACCACUUGGAUGGACCAAUGCACGCUAAAUGGCGGCAUUUUGAAGGGCGAUGGCUGUGGUGUCAGCCAAUACGUACCGGAUGUAUUCCUCUUUUCUUUGAUUUUGUUUCUAGGAACCUCCUGUCUCGCUUUCUGUUUUGUUCGAUUCAGGAACAGCCUGUUCUGUCCUACAAUAGUGAGACAAACAGUCAGUGACUUCAGUGUUUUACUGGCUAUAGUAAUCAUGGUCGGUCUGGACUACGGAUUAGGACUACCUACACCAAAACUGACAGUGCCGUCGGAGUUCAAGCCUACACGAGAGGGGCGUGGCUGGUUCAUCAACCCUAUAAGUGACACCAACCCUUGGUGGCUAAUGCUGGCGUCUGCCCUUCCCGCCAUUCUGGCUACCAUCCUAGUUUUCAUGGACCAGCAGAUUACAUCCGUCAUUGUAAACCGAUCAGAACAUAAAUUAAAGAAAGGGGGAGGAUAUCACUUGGAUCUCCUUGUGGUAGCAGUACUCAUAGUGAUUUUGUCCCUUUUGGGAUUGCCUUGGUAUGUCGCAGCAACGGUUACAGCCAUUGCACACGUGAUGAGUUUAAAGAAAACUUCGGAAUGUACCGCACCUGGAGAAAAGCCGAGUUUUCUAGGAGUCAGAGAACAGAGAGUGACUGCACUACUGGUGGGAAUCUUCAGCGGUCUGGCUGUUCUUAUCACCUCUAUACUAAAGUAUAUUCCUAUGCCUGUUUUGUAUGGUGUUUUCUUCUACAUGGGCGUGUCAGCACUGAACGGAAUGCAGCUGGUCGAGAGAAUCAUGAUUAUGUUUAUGCCACAAAAAUACCAGCCCGAUUACAAAUACCUUCGUUAUGUACCCCUUGCCAGGGUACACUUGUUCACAUUUAUCCAAGUUGUGUGCUUGGCUAUCCUGUGGAUUAUCAAAAGUGUUAAGGCCGUCGCCAUCACGUUUCCUAUCAUGGUCUUGGCAAUAUGCUUUGUGAGGAAGGCAUUGGAAUACGUGUUUAACCAGUAUGAGUUGCAAUGGCUGGACACCUUACUACCAGAAAUAGGCAAAUCCACCAAGGACAGCCCAGAAACCACUGCACCAGCUGUUAUCGCCACAAAGAUCAAAUUCGCCAGGUCUUUAUCAGUUCCGGCAUCCUCCCUCAGAACCGGAAGUACGUCCAUACGAACCAACCCAGACGGUGGGCAACGACAUUCGUUUGCAAGCCGAAAAAUCUCAACUGGUUCAUCACAGGCAAGCACAGUAUAUGGACAUCAUGUUUGCCAAAGAAAAAUAUCCAUUCUUUCGCUUCCGGUGAAUCCAACUUUUGUGUUAGAUCACGGGGAGCUUCAGCGCGUGAGGGAGGAUAGAAGUGUGAACUUUGGUUUGGACAAUCUGCAAGAAGUGUAG